GUUAAGAUGAGCUCAGAACCUCAGAAGAAACAUGGUCGUGCUGGUGCUUCUGGGGAAAAAAGGUCUAAGAGGAAGCCUAAGAGAAAGGAAGCAUUUUCAAUCUACAUUUAUAAAGUGCUGAAGCAAGUGCACCCCGACCUGGCCAUCUCCUCCAAGGCCAUGAGCAUCAUGAACUCGUUUGUCAAUGACAUGUUUGAGCAGCUGGCGGCCGAGGCGUCCCGCCUGGUGCAGUACGGCCACCGCGCCACCCUCACCAGCCGCGAGGUGCAGACGGCGGCGCGGCUGCUGCUGCCCGGGGAGCUGGCCAAGCACGCUGUGUCCGAGGGCACCAAGGCUGUGACCAAGUACACCACCGGCAAGUGACCAGCUGGGCCCGUGGAACCCACAGGAGCUGCUUUGGUCUUCAGCUGAAAAAGCAAAACCUCCUGUUGCCUUUCUGUAAAUAAAAAAUGCAUAGAAAUACAGAUCCUGUCUUUAGUCUUUGCAUUGCAAAUUGAGAGGUAGUUUAAGCUGUGGCCGUGGGGAU